CUGUCCUUGCCGCCGUACACAUCGCCAUCUUCUUCCUCAUCUCCGGGCAGUGUCAACCGGCCGGCGUCAUGUCACCAGGGCGAAGCACGGGAGCCAUGGCUGCUGCUACCUGCAUCUGCUUGUUCGUCUUCGUAUCCUUCGCAGGGGCAGAGGAUCCGUACAGAUUUUAUGAUUGGGAGGUUACUAUUGGGGAUAUCAAUCCUCUCGGCGUCCGGCAGAAGGGCAUUCUGAUCAAUGAGCAGUUUCCGGGGCCGGAGAUUGACUGUCAGACGAACGAUAAUUUGAUCAUUAACGUGCGCAACCGUUUGUCGGAGCCGUUCCUUCUGUCAUGGAAUGGGCUUCAGCACAGGAAGAACUCGUGGCAGGACGGCGUGUCCGGCACGAACUGCCCGAUCCCUCCGGGCCAGAACUUCACCUACCGCUUGCAGGCCAAGGACCAGAUCGGCAGCUUCUUCUACUUCCCGUCGCUCGCCUUCCACAAGGCCGCCGGCGGCUUCGGCGCCAUCCGCAUCCACAGCCGCCCGCUGAUCCCCGUCCCCUUCGACCCGCCGGCCGACGAGUACACCGUGCUGAUCGGCGACUGGUACAAGACCAGUCACAAGGCUCUGCAAGCUAUGCUGGACAGUGGAAAGCAGCUGCCUUCCCCUGAUGGCAUCCUAAUUAACGGAAAAGGUCCGAAUGGUGCGAGCUUCAAUGUUGAGCAAGGGAAGACGUACAGGCUGCGCAUCUCCAACGUUGGCCUGCGGAGCACGCUCAACGUGAGGGUCCAAGACCAUAACGUGACGCUGGUCGAGGCGGAGGGCACGCACACGGUGCAGAACACGUACAGCUCCCUCGACGUGCACGCCGGCCAGUCGCUGUCCGUGCUGUUCACCGCCAACCGCGCCGCCGGCGUCUAUCACAUCGCCGUCUCCACCCGCUUCGCCAAGCGCGCACUCAGCUCGACCGCCGUCCUGCGCUACGCCAGUUCGAGAUCGAGCGCCUACGUCUCUGGGCCGCCGCCGCCAGCCGGCCUUGCCGACGACAUCGACUUCUCUCUCGACCAGGCUCGCUCCAUCAGGACGAACCUGACGGCGAGCGGGCCACGACCGAACCCGCAGGGCUCGUACCACUACGGCUCGAUCAACGUGACCCGCACCAUCCGGCUCGCCAACUCGGCGGGCCGCGUCGCCGGCAAGCAGCGGUACGCCGUGAACGGCGUGUCGUUCGUGGAGGCCGACACGCCGCUCAAGCUGGCCGACUACUUCAAGAUCAGCGGCGUGUUCCGGCUCGGCAGCAUCCCGGACGCGCCGCCCGCGGGCGGCGCCGCGGCAGCUCUGCGGAGAGAGGCGGCCGUGAUGGACUCCGACUACCGAUCCUUCCUCGAGAUCGUGUUGGAGAACAGCGAGGACAGCGUGCAGAGCUGGCACCUUGACGGCUACAGCGUGUUCGUCGUCGGGAUGGAUAAGGGAGUGUGGAGCGAGCAGAGCAGGAAGAGCUACAACCUCGUCGAUGCAGUCUCCCGGUGCACGGUUCAGGUGUACCCGAGGGCGUGGACGGCGGUGUUGGUGGCGCUGGACAACGUGGGGAUGUGGAACCUCAGAUCGGAGGACUGGGCGCGAAGGUACCUGGGCCAGCAGUUCUACCUCCGCGUGUACACGCCGUCGCACUCCUUCCGCGACGAGCUCCCCAUACCGAGCAACGCGCUUCGCUGCGGCCGCGCCACCAACGCCACCAGCAGCAGCAGCCUACCCCUCUCGCGAUACUAGCAGAUUUCUAAUGAACCGUUUCAAAAUAAACAAAUCUAAGAUCAGAUGAGACAUUUCGUAAUACUACGGAUAUAUACACAUGUAGACGGUGACCUUCCAAUCAUAGAUUUGCCUAUUAUGGAUCGCAGGGAGUACUUGACUAUACCGUGCAGGCGUAUACCGUUUACGCACAAAUUGGGUGGUUGGAUUUACCGUGAACUUCGUUAGGGCCUAAAUGAACUCAUAAACAAACUGCAGUCUAUGGGCAUUUCCCGUGGGCAGCAUGCAUCGCCAAGUUCAAUUUACAGAUCCUCGAUCGGGUUUA